AUGCCUUCUCUCGCCAGUGCAGGCAAGGGCAAAGGGAAGAAACAAGAUGCUCGUCGGUCUCGCAGUCGUAACACAACCCCGAGUUCAGUCAUUAGUGCUGGCACGGCUCCAAUCGGCGCGACGACAACACCUCUGCUGGACUUAGACUUGAACAAGUUACUGGUCCCGUCCAAGCCCAAUUAUGCUGAAGCCACCGACUAUCUCGACAGUCAUGGCGCCAAGGUCGAACCCAAAUUGUUGCACGACAUUAUAGAACAAUUGAAGCACUUGAGUGAAUCGGCCGAGAAACGUAUUGAGUCCUGUGAAAAGGCAAUUCGUCUCAUACACGAACAGAAGAAAGAAUUGGAAUCCGACCAACAAGAUAGGGAGCGCCAGGCCGAGCAUGCCCGUCGACAGAAAGCUCGGAAAGAAGAGUCGCAGAAGAAUACCAAAGCAAAGAAGCGGAAGGACAGAGCAGAAACCCUCGACAGUGUUGAGAUCAAGCGUGAAGAUGAGCCUGUAAAGGUAAAGCCUGGUCGUGCUACUGGCACUCCGGGCCCUGUUGAUAGCCCUUCUCCGUCGAAGAAGACGAAACUAAGCCCAGGAACUUCAUCCCUGUCAGAAGUUGCCGAUUCUCCAGUAGCUGCCGCUGCCAGUGCUCACCCAUCUCCGGCAAAAUCUGACGUAUCAAUGUCUGAUGCAGAAGAGAACCCCGCCAGCCAUGGAAAGCCUCCAAUCCCCCAACAAGGAUUUUUCCCGGAUCCGCUUGCCCCUGAUCCAAUAAUAUACCAUAUUCGCGAUAUCACACCCGACAUGUCGGAUACUGAGAAGAAAGAAAUCUACAGUGUCACUUCGUAUCCAAAAACAGACCUCAGUGAUCAAAUUGCGGGCGUUCCACCUGAUAAGGACUUCAGCAAUGCAAAACCCAGCAACCAAGUCACUGCCAACACCUUCCUCACCUUCGUUGAACCUUAUGUCCGGCCUCUCACUGAGGAAGAUAUGGCAUGGCUGAGAGAACGCGGCGAUCGUGUCACUCCAUUCUUAGCUGUACCGCGCGGCAAGCGUCACUACACCGAGAUUUGGGCUGAAGAGGAUGGAACCGUCUUGGUGGACAACAGCCAUGACAAACUCCCAGCCAAUCAUCCUAGAGGGAGUGUCGAGCAAAUUAACGAUGACAACCUUUCAUCUGAUCAAGUCUCGACUGGACCUCUUGCAAGCAGACUCCUUUCAUUACUUAAGUUCGAACACCGUCCACCCACGAGUGAAAGUGCAAACGGGGUAAAUGAAUUGAACACAUUUAUGGACGGUAAUGACACUAUGGACCUAGACGGACUCACAAAUGGUCACGAUAAUACGGAGAAACCUCUUGCUCCUGCCUCAGCUAUAGCUGAUAUGACAGGUUCAAAGUCUUCAGCUUCUCAACGACUUGAUUACGUCCAAACCGAGGAUCGACUUAAAAAUGAAUUGCGCCAUAUCGGAUUUCUUGGACAAGAUGAGAAUCCUGAUUAUGACGCUCACCACGAUGAUGACAUCAGCGAGAGAAUGAGAUUACUUCAAGCAGAAUUACGCCGAGUCAUGAUCGUCAACGGUGCUCGAAAAGCUCGUUUGCUUGAUCUUGCCAAAGAACGCCUUGCUUACCAAGAAUACAGCACAAUUCACGAGGAUCUUGACAGUCAAGUGCAGCAGGCAUACCUCAAACGAACUAGAACUCUUGGCAAAUCAAAGAAAGGCGGUCCUGGUGCCAACAAGCCACGGCCAGGUAGCCAUAACACAGCUGGUCAUGGCACAGCAAUGAGCGUCAAUAGAGCGAGAGAUAUUGGUGACAAUGCUCGCAUGCUUAUGGACCGACGUAAGCGUUGGGAGAGUUGCAUUGGUCCGGUUUUCAAAGACAUGAAGCACGGUAUCCCCGAGCCUGGAAACAGUAUCUGGGAUCCGAAGAUCAUGGAGGCCUACGAGAAAGCAGAGAUUGAAGCACUCGAUGAAGAGCUUGCAGAAUGA